AUCUUUAUCCCGUUUUCUCGCUUUGGUCUUUGUUUCUUAUUUCAACGGCGGUAGGUUUCUAAUAGGCGCUUAGUAAUCUGUAAUAAUUUGGUCCUAGGAAAAUCUCACGAAACCCGAACAUAAUGGAUAAUUUAAACCCUCUUGCUGGUACAGACCACUCUCUUACGCCCUGCAAUAUUUUUCCGGAGAAACUAAUGGUAUUGUUGAGAGAUGGUCGUACCCUGAUAGGAUUUUUACGUUCGGUGGAUCAAUUCGCCAAUUUGGUGUUACAUCGCACCAUAGAACGGAUACAUGUUGGCAAUGAAUACGGUGAUAUUCCACGUGGAGUCUUUAUUAUACGUGGCGAAAAUGUGGUACUUUUGGGCGAAAUUGAUCGUGAAAAGGAAUCCAAACUACCGCUUAAGGAAAUUUCUGUCGAUGAUAUUCUCGAUGCCCAGAGACGAGAACAAGAACCGCGCCAGGAAAAGCAUCGUCUCAUAUCGAAAGCCUUAAAAGAACGUGGUUUAGGUGUCAAUGAAGAUUUCUGUUAGUCGAUAUGUGCUUAAAGUUUCUAAUAGGAGCUUUGUAAUCUGUGAUAAUUUGGUCCUAGGAAAAUCUCACGAAACCCGAACAUAAUGGAUGAUUUAAACCCUCUUGCUGGAACAGCCCAUCUUUUGGAAGAGGUAGA